GGCUAUGGGAGGAGCCGACUCAGGACGAUAAUUUAGCGCAGGGGCUAAACUCGCCCUGCUAUCGCUCGAUUCGGUGGAUAAAAAUAGCGGAAGUCGCCUGCUUGCCGUUACUGACAACGGUUACAUUUCAUCACCUCGUCGAAGAGACGGAGGCUAGCCCAGGAUGAACGGCGACUCAGGUGCCGGCGUGGUGACGGCCCACCCUCCCGCCACCGCCCCUCACAAGGAGCGCUACUUUGACCGUGUAGACGAGAGCAGCCCCGAGUACCAGCGCGAGAGGAACAUGGCGCCCGACCUGCGGCAGGAUUUCAACAUGAUGGAACAGAAGAAAAGGGUCUCCAUGAUACUGCAGAGCCCGGCGUUCUGCGAUGAGCUGGAGACAAUGAUCCAGGAUCAGCUGAAAAAGGGCAAGACGCCCACAAGCCUGUUGGCCCUGCAGCAGAUUGCUGACUUCAUGACUACCAGCAUGCCUUCCAUGUAUCCCGCCGCACCACAGGGAGGAAUGGCGGCGCUCAACAUGAGUUUGGGGAUGGUGACUCCGGUGAAUGAUUUGCGUGGUUCUGACUCCAUUUCGUAUGACAAAGGUGAGAAGAUGCUUCGCUGCAAACUGGCGGCGUUCUACCGACUCACCGACUUAUUUGGCUGGUCGCAGCUUAUCUACAACCAUCUCACAGUUAGGGUGAACUCAGACCAGGACAGCUUCCUUAUUGUGCCUUUUGGGCUCCUGUACAGUGAAGUCACCGCUUCCAGCCUGGUGAAGAUAGACCAUCAAGGUGAGAUUGUGGACCGGGGAAGCACCAACCUUGGCGUUAACCAGGCCGGCUUCAACCUUCACUCUGCCAUCUAUGCCUCACGGCCUGACGUCAAGUGCAUUGUCCAUAUACACACGUCUGCAGGGGCAGCCGUGUCGGCCAUGAAAUGUGGCCUGUUGCCCAUCUCCCCCGAGGCGUUGUCUGUUGGCGAGGUGGCCUACCAUGACUACCAGGGCAUACUGGUGGAUGACGAAGAAAAUGCACUUAUCCAGAAAAAUAUAGGUCCGAAAAGCAAGGUGCUCAUCUUGAGGAACCACGGCUUGGUAUCAGUGGGUGAAACAGUCGAGGAAGCCUACUAUUACAUCCACAACCUGGUCACUGCCUGUGAGAUUCAGGUGCGAACACUGGCCAGCGCUGGAGGACCAGAUAAUUUGAUCAUGCUCGACCCGGGGAAGUACAAGUCUCGUCCACGCAUUCCUGAGCCUCCCGGCGAAGGCUCCCCUGCGCAGCCCAAGUGGCAAGUCGGGGAGCAAGAGUUUGAGGCUCUAAUGAGAAUGCUCGACAACCUGGGCUACAGGACCGGCUACCCUUACCGCUGUCCAGCACUGCGGGACAAAGGUAAAAAGUACAGUGACGUGGAGAAUGCUCACUCCACCCACGCUGGUUAUACUUACGGGGAGGACAGCGACUCGGGCGCGCGCUCCCCACUGAAACACAGCUUCCAGCGCGGCCAGCCAGACAAGACCCGCUGGCUCAAUGCCGGCGCCCGGCCCGACGAUCCCUACGAAGACGGGCCCGACGGUGGCAGCCCCAAGUCGAAGCCUAAGGUGUGGACGAACAUAACACACGAUCACGUCAAACCCUUGCUGCAGUCUCUCUCGUCCGGUGUCUGCGUGCCAAGCUGUAUAACCAACUGCUUGUGGACUAAAGAAGAUGGAAUGCGACAGGCCGCUGUCGCCAAUCAGUUCAUCCCGAUGAACACCAAUCCAAAAGAAGUGCUGGAGAUGAGGAAUAAGAUCCGUGAGCAGAAUUUGCAGGACAUUAAGACUGCAGGACCUCAGUCUCAGGUUCUGUGUGUUGGAUCGGUGGUGGAGCGCAACUUUAACCAGGGGGAGCUAGUGACCGCAUCCAAGGCCAUUAUUGAAAAGGAGUACCAACCCAAGGUGAUCGUCAGCAAGCAGGGGCCCAACCCUUUCAACAAGUUCACCGACCAGGAGCUGGAUGAGUAUCGCAGGGAAGUGGAGCUGAAACAGAAAGGGACUGAAGUGCAGGAGCAAUGCGACUCUGCCACGCUCUGUUCUGAAAUGGAAAAGUUACCGAAGGUUCAAGCCCCCGAUCCCACUCCUCAGCCCUCUGCAACCGACGGCGGCCCCGAGCAGGGCCCCUCGACCCUGGGCGCUGCAGAUGAGGUCUUCCCCGACUCCCCUCAUAAGGAGUUCCACUGCGCCGUGCUGCGAGCUCUCAGCAAGGAGCCACUAGAAGCAGAUCAGGCUCCAGAUCAAGAGCAACUAGCAGAACCCGAGGAGGAGGAGGCCAAAGACCCAAAGGCCACCUGUACACCCCCCAGCACCCCAGUUAGAGCAGAGGAAGAGACCUUGCCAGAGCCCACCUUUAAGGAUGAGAGCGACGCUGCCACCCUGAGACAAACCCUGCCAGAUUUAACCCCUGAUGACCCUUCCGACGCCCCGGCACUUCCCGUCGAAGACUCCGCCCCCGUCACGGUCCCCCACACCCCCACAGCUGCUGAGCCCGCCCCUGCUGCAGAAGCCGCCGCGGACGGCGAGGAACCCGCCGACGCCGCAGUCGACCAGGAGGGAGACGAGUCUCCCAGCAAAUCGCCUUCCAAAAAGAAAAAGAAGUUCCGCACUCCUUCCUUCCUGAAGAAGAACAAAAAGAAGUCUGAGUCCUAAAUAAGCUUCACAUUUCUUUUUCGUCCUUUUUGGUUUUGUUGGAUUAAUCGCCGCACCGCUUAUUUUAACAUCGCUUGCUUUUUAACCCGUUUUUCUUUCAUUAGCGCGUGCCAAUUUUGUAUACAGUGUAAAAAUAAUCCAGUUUUCCCUCAUUAGCUGUGAGCGAGUGAUGUCUCCUGUCUUGUCCACUCUGCUGGCCUUCAAUGCAUGUCUAGUAAGAGUUAGUUUCGAAGGACUAUUCAUUCAAGCGUCGUAACCAUUAGAAUGUAUUGGGAUUGUAAAACGAAGUGUCUUUUGAAAAGCAAAAAAAAAAAAAAAAAAAACAUAACCGUGGCUGCAGAAAGGAACGACGCAUACGCGCUUAUGUAACUUUCAGUUUUAAAUAAGAACGAUAAACGGGUCGGCACAGGUUUUAGCGCAUUAUGCAAUGCUUUAACGAUAGAAGCUACAGUAAAUGGAAUGCGUUGAUUCUGAUGCACAGAGUGAGACAUCCCAGGAAGCGUCCACAAGCAUCCAAUGGUUGCUUUACUAUGAAGGAAUGUGUACAAAGAAUAGCUUCGUUUUUGUUUGUUUUUCACUUGUCGGAGUUCAACUUUUUUCAAUUUUUAUUUCUCUACUGAAAGAAACGGGGGAGAACAUGCUUUAUUUAGUGUGAUGUAUUUUAUUUUGUCACAUCGUAGACGAGCCAUAACUGCUUGCUGUGAGAGAGCACUGUGAACCGCCACUGUUUUACUUUAACCACUUUCCACAAGUGUUUUAUGUAUUAGUUUUUAGCUUGUGUAUAGAACUAAACACUUUCACUGUUACAACUCAGCCUGUUUUUAUUUUAAUCAAACUGGAUCUCUUCUAUAACUUUUUUAUUACAGCACAUACUUUUGCCAUUAUUGUAACAUGUAGAGAUGUGCUUUUAGGUUGCAGGGCAUUAAUACAAAGACCUAAUAUUAUAUGCUAAUUCUUUGUUCUGCCUGAAUCACUUCCAACUAAAUGUCUCAUGUUAUCAUCGACUGACGUACUACUUUCACGUUUUUUUUCUUCUUUUUUUUACAACCAUAAAUAAAUAUGCUAUGUCCAAAA